GCUCACCACUUCGCACAUUAUGAGAGUUGCUUGAUCUCUCUCCAAAAGGAAGAAAAGCUCUGCCUUCCUUUUUCCUUCCAUCGGGAUGUCGACGUACAGAGUUUGCUUCUGCUUCCGGCGACGGUUCCAGCCGGCGUCGAACGAGCCGCCUGCGGGGGUGAAGGAGGUGUUCCAGAAGUACUCGGAGGGUGGGGUGAUGGGGGCGGAGCAGCUGCAGCGGUUCCUGGUGGAGGUCCAAGGGGAGGCCCAGGCCACCAGGGAGGCGGCGGAAGCCGUGAUCGACGGCAUGAGGGAGCUGAAGCACCUCAAUGUUUUCCAGAAGAAGGGCCUCUCCCUCGAAGCCUUCUUCCGCUACCUCUUCGGCGACGAUAAUACUGCUCUCCCCCAUUCUCUUGGAGUUCACCAAGAUAUGAGAGCUCCCUUAUCCCACUAUUUCAUAUAUACAGGCCAUAACUCUUAUUUAACUGGGAACCAACUCAGUAGUGAAUGCAGUGACAUCCCCAUCAUAAAGGCACUGCAAAGAGGAGUGAGAGUAAUUGAAUUGGACAUAUGGCCAACUUCUACAAAAGAUGAUGUGGAAGUCCGUCAUGGGGGGACACUGACCACUCCUGUAGAACUUCUCAAAUGCUUGCAGUCCAUUAAAGAGCAUGCCUUUAGCAUAUCUCCAUACCCAGUCAUCAUUACUCUUGAAGAUCAUUUAAGUCCAAAUCUUCAGGCUAAAGUAGCUGAGAUGAUAACCAAUACUUAUGGAGAAAUGCUGUUUACGGCAAAGUCAGAAUUUUUAGAAGAACUCCCUUCACCUGAAGCAUUAAAGAUGAAGAUCCUAAUAUCAACCAAACCACCAAAAGAAUACCUUGAAUCCAAGACCAUCAAGGAGGAAGACCAAGCAAUAGAAAAAGGAGCUGAAGACGAAGCAUGGGGUAAUGAAGUCCCAGAUCUUAACGCUAGAAUCGGUGCUAUAAGUAAGGUUGAGCAUAUGCAUAGUGAUCACCAUCACGAAGAAGAAGAUCCUGAUGAAGGUGAUAAAAAGCCCCAUCAGAUAGUUGCACCUAAGUACAAGCAUCUAAUAGCAAUUGCUGCCCAAAAAAGAAAGGGAGAACUAAGUGAUGCAUUUAAGGUUGAUCCUGAUAAAGCAACUCGUCUUAGCCUAAGUGAGCUAGUGUUUGAGAAGGCUGUAAUUUCUCAUGGAACUGAAAUUAUCAGGUUCACUCGAAAGAAUCUAUUGAGGAUCUACCCAAAGGGUAUGCGCAUUACCUCCUCUAAUUACAACCCAUUGCUUGGUUGGAUGCAUGGAGCUCAGAUGGUUGCAUUAAAUAUGCAGGGGUAUGGGAGGGCACUCUGGUUGAUGCAUGGUAUGUUUAGAGCUAAUGGAGGGUGUGGUUAUGUAAAGAAACCAGAUUUUCUGUUGGAUAACGUUCCAGAUCGUUUCUUCGAUCCCAAAGCUGCAUUGCCAGUUAAGAAAACAUUGAAGGUGAGGGUAUAUAUGGGAGAUGGAUGGCGCUUCGAUUUUCAUCACACACAUUUCGAUACAUACUCACCACCUGACUUCUACACGAGGGUUGGAAUUGCAGGAGUCCCAGCUGAUACGGUAAUGAGAAGAACAAGAGCAGUUGAGGACAACUGGACGCCAGUUUGGGAUGAAGAGUUUGAAUUCCGCUUGACUGUUCCAGAACUCGCCUUGCUUCGAGUCGAAGUUCAUGAGUACGACAUGUCUGAGAAGGAUGACUUUGCCGGUCAGACUUGCUUGCCUGUGUGGGAGUUGAGACCAGGGAUUCGGUGUGUCCCGCUUUGCGACCGCAAGGGAGAGACGUUGAAGUCCGUAAAGCUACUAAUGCAUUUCGAAUUCGAAUUCCUUUGAGAUCUUUGUGGAUCCUUCUAUCUGUAUUAAUGUAUUAAUGAAGAUCAAUGUGUGUGUGUAUAUAUAUAUAUAUAUAUGAGUGCAAGGCAUUCAACCUCCUGUUCUCGUGUUUGAACUAUUAUGCCAUUUAUUGUCAUCUUCUUCAGAAAAUCUAAUUUUAGAUUAUGACACUAUUUCUCAA